AUGUCUGGAGAACGCGCUAUCCGGCAGAAGAUUGAAGCACUUCGGAAAGAUGGGCUUGAGGCUUUCCAUCACGACCCCCCACUCCGCUCACAUCGUCAGUCCAUCAGCGAGCAGUCAACCCAGAAGAGUGAAUACUGGGAGUACCGAGCUAUGGGUGCCCCGAAAGCCGACCUGGGUGAGCAAGGAGACGUCUACAUAGACCUUCUUGAAAAUCUGCUUUACGCUAAGCUGGCGGGGGGCUGGACCGAAUGGCCUGGCGUUACCUCUCCAUCCGGGGCGCUUAACCGCAACUUUAUCACCCACGGCCAUUUUAGGAGAUGGCUUCUCCUUCAUCCCGGCGACAACGACGACGACGAACUUCCUUAUCACUAUUCCCGGUAUCUCUGGUGUAAUGUAAAAGGUGUCUACUGGUGGACGGAGAAUGAGAUCGAGGAAGACCGGUUCAAAUUACGCGAGUUUCCACCUGAAACAUGGCUCCGUUCCAACGGAAAGUGGAUAGUCAGAGAUUUCCUCAAAUGUAAUCCGCAUGGCUUGGCAUCCAAGAGCAACACAAGCAGCGGUAGCCGAAGGCGGACCAGGGAUGACACAAUCAUUACUCAGGGUAAUGCUUCUAUUCACGCGACUACGGGCGCAGCGUCUGCCAACAUCGGCACUGCAAACAAAAGGCCGCGGGUUGAAAGGUCUUCUGAGCCAGGCACCAGUCAAUCCAGUGUAGCGGAACCAGAAGAUUCUCUCGAUCAUAUAUCCAGCUGUAUUGAGCAACUGAAAUCCCAACUACAAGCUCAGAAAGAAGCCAGCGAGGAUGCCGCUGCUCUCAGACAGCGGCUUGCAGCGGUAGAGUCAGAACUGAAGAAAGCUCAAUCGGAUGUCGGGUUCUACAAGGCUGGAUAUUUCCGACGUGGUAAACGCCUCGGCAGUCUUAGAACAGAUUUACGGAAAGCCAAAGACUCUGCUGAAGAGCACCAGAAACGCUACACCAACAUGGUGAACGUCCAAAAGCAGGCGAUGCAGCUUUUGAAAACAGAGUCUUAG